UCCUGAUGCACUUUCGUUUCUGUUGUGAAAUGUUUGACUUCCUUUCUCCUUAGUUUUGAUUUUGCAAAUGAAUUUAAACAAGAACUGUAAUAAAACAAAGUAAAAAAUAAAACAAUAAAUUGUAUGUUUGCCUACAAAAAUGAGUUUUGUGAAACAGAAGUCAGCUGUAGAACUUUGGCUUGCUAAGGAUAGCAAUUGUAAACUUCUUUUGGUUGAUGCAGACGAGAACGAAAACCGCCUGGUAUUUCAAGUACCAGAUACUCCAGUCUCUUUUUACAUUGUUUGUUCUGAGACAUUGCACCUGUGGUCAGACAGUGAUGAUCUGCUUACUCACCUGCAGCCAGUCAUUGAGUGGAUGACAUCAUGCAGCAAAAAGCCAAUCACGGAUGUCCUGAGUCGUGCAUACACCUGUGUUAAGCCACUGAUAGAGACCAGUACUGGAGCCAAGGAUGAUGAAGAUGAUGAUGUGGAUGAGUUUGUGGACUGUGGUGAUGAUGAUGAUGAUGUUGAUGAUGGCUACUAUGCUAUUGAUGAUGUAGAUGCUGAAGCUGAGGAAAAAACAACAAAUAGUGACAGUGAUGAUGAUGAUGCUAAUUUAUUUGCUGCACAAGGUUCCACUGCUGCUAUACAUCGCCUGACAAAAGAUUUAAAAGUAAUGCAGAAAGCAUCUGGUAAAUAUGGAAUUGUUGGAAGUCCAAGGGGAGACAAUUUAUUUAUUUGGGACGUCAAGUUGACAGACUUUCCUACAGAUACUAAGCUGGGAAAAGACCUUGAGCUCUUCUCCAAAAAGUAUAACCAAGAGGCUGUGAUAACACUAGAGAUGCAAUUCCCGGGAGAUUUCCCCUUUUCUCCUCCUUUCAUUAGAGUGGUCCGGCCACGCUUCAAGUUUUUGACGGGUCAUGUGACCAUUGGCGGCAGUAUAUGUAUGGAGAUGCUCACCAAGUCUGGAUGGAGACCAACCAAUGAUAUUGAGAUAUCAUCUUCACUCGUGUUUUCUGGUCUUGCUGCAGUGUUUGUGUUUGUCGCUGUUGGUAGCUGUCUUCUCUUGGAUUUGGCGACAGGUUGGGCAACAUUUGAUUCUCAAUACCAAGGCAGUGGUAUACACGGACACAACCGGAAGUGGUGGAUGGGUUUCCUUAGAGCUGCUGGCGAAGAGAUUGGUUGGAGAUCAUUUCUCUUACCAUGCCUGAUGGAGAGAUAUACAGCACCCAUAGCUUUGACCAUCAGUGGAAUGUUCUGGGGCUUGUUCCACGUUCCGGUGAUGAUCCUCCUCGUGUACCGACUUCGUCCUCCGCGUGCACUGGUCACUGUUCUGGUGCAGAGCCUGUCGUGCGCUCUCUUUGCUUUCCCUCACGGCUGGGUAGCAGUCAAGUCCGGGUACUCCCUGUGGGCCAGCACGGUGAUGCAUGCUGUCUGGAACCGGGUGAACCCCUGGGUUCUGGGCAGCAUCUACACCCAGGCCCCGGGCUUGGUGACCGGGCGGCAGUGGCUCAUUAACGGAGAGGGACUGGCGGGCUGUCUGGUCAUGCUGCCGAUAGCGGCGCUCAUUGCCGUCGACUUGUCGUAGAUAUAAUAGAGGGAAUACUUCAAAUAAAUCAAAGCCGCUAA